AUGGGCGGUCAGGAGAAGACGUACUUUGAGCAGCAGCGCGAGGCUCUGAUAGGCGAGAUUGCAAUGGCACGUCAUAGUUUUGAGCACGUCUUGGCCAACAUCAACAAGUUAAACCGAUCUCUCGAGGCAGUCACCGCUGUCGGCAACGAAUUCUCCUCGGUCGAGGCACUAUGGUCGCAAUUCGAGAACGUCAUGGACAAAGAUGGCAAGGCUGAAGGCGAGACAGAUCAGGCUGAUCAGACGGAGCAUCAUGAAGAAGAAGGUGAUACUACAGUGAAGCACGAGGGGGCGUAA